UAAAGGUACGGGGCGGGUGGGGGGGCGGUGUUAGAUCACGUGAUCCUGUGUUGUGUGGGGGCAUCGUUGGCGCGUGAUGGGCACAGCGACUUGAACCCCACGUCAUCUCCGACUCCAUCGGUUCGUUCGACCGUUCGUCGUCGUGAUCAGCGCCGGUCGGCAAAGAAACCCCAACCAGUGCUUCACAAUGAACGCCAUCGUGGCGCUGUGCCACUUUUGCGAGCUGCACGGGCCCCGCACGCUGUUCUGCACCCAGGCGCUGCACUCGGCGCACCCUGGGGGCGGCCCCGACUCGUGUGGCCUCCCAGGGCCGGCCAGAGGAGACCUUGGCCCGACGGGAGGAGAAGCGGCGGGAGCAGGAGGAGGAGGGGGCGAUGGUGGGACGCGCGUGAUGUCUCGCAGUGAAGCGGUCGACGCUCGAGAUUCGAUGGCGACGGCUGCGGCGGCUGGGUCUGGCUGCCACCUCGGCGGCGAUGGGGGCGACGGCCGCGUGGAGAUGGAGCGUGGGUUGGGGCUGGGUCGCGGCACGCGCCCGUCGAGCCUUUCCGAGUCGGACGCCGGUCUCAGUGCCAGCUACGGCCCGAUGACCUCGGAAAUGUGCGAGGGCUGCCGCUCGCUGGCCGCGGGCCACCCCGGCUUUGUGAGUCGCGACCGCGAGGCGAACAUCAGCUACGUGAGCCACCAGCACCCGGCGCGCUCCGAGGUCUUCAGCAUCGUUCGCCAGGCCUGCGUGCGCAGCCUCAGCUGCGAGGUGUGUCCGGGUCGCGAGGGCCCCAUCCUCUUUGGCGACGAGCAGCAGGGCUACGUGUUCAGCCACACGUUCUUCAUCAAGGACAGCCUGGCGCGCGGCUUCCAACGCUGGUACAGCUUCAUCGUGGUCACCAUGGACCGCAUCUACCUCAUCAACUCCUGGCCCUUCCUGCUCGCCAAGCUCAAGGCCUUCAUCGACGACCUGCAAAGCAAGGCCAUGAGGGUGUUUGACUCGGAGCAGGCCGAAUGUCCCCAGCGAGCGCUGCGCAUCAACACGGCGUUCACGCCGGGCUCCUACCUCCACCAGCGCAACGGCAGCGCCGCACGCUCCCUCCUCUCCCUCACCGCCGAUGAAGACCUCUGGGCUCAUCUGCACACAUCCUUUGCCUGGCUACUGAAGGCUUGUGGGAGCCGUCUUACUGAGAAGCUUCUGGAGGGCGCCCCCACGGAGGACACCCUUGUGGAGAUGGAGCAACGUGCCGAACGCGAAGAGGAGGCGCGGCUGAGGCAGGACGCGGCUUCCGGUUCGGAAGGAGCCGAGUCGACUUCGCCGCCCGCUCCCGCCGACGGCGCCGACGGCGCCUCGCAGUCCGCGGUGGGGGACGGAGGAGCGUGGGGGAGCAGCGGAGGGAGAGAGACGUGGUGCGACGCGCCCGUAUUCCACUCCCUGCGCCACCUGCGCCAGGUGUUGGGGCCGGCAUGGUUCCGUGUGCUGGCGUGGCACGUGCUCAUGGGGAACCAGGUGGUGUGGCAGGCCGACGACAGAAGAAUGAUGCAAUCGGCCUUCGACGUGCUCAAGACGAUGCUGCCUGUGGGCUGUGUGCGGAUCAUUGCGCACAGCGAGGAGUACAAGGAAUCCUACCACUGCAACUUCCUAGGUCUCCUUCCAGGAGUGGCGCUGCCUCCUCACGUGGCCGUCUCCGAGUUCUACGUGCUGGUGGAGGCGCGCGGCCCCGCGCUACGGCGCGUUUACCCCGACCUCUCGGCGCUGGAGCACGACCCCCUCCUCAAGUACGAGUUCUCGCUCAGCUCCGGAUCGCCCGCCACCUCCGACAGAGGCCCCACGAUACUCAACCGACUGGAGGCGGCGCUGGCCAACGAGAGCCUCUCUCUCUCCGUGGUGGAGCAGUGUGUGCAGUGUCUCAAGGAGGAGUGGAUGAACAAGGUGAAGGUGCUGUUCAAGUUCACCAAGGUGGAGAACCGCUCGCGCGAGGACACGCACCGCCUGCUCGCCGUGCUGGGGGCGGCCGACGAGGACAACGUGAAGCUGCUCAAGUUCUGGAUGACGGGCCUCAGCUCCGCCUACCGCUGCCACCUCCGCUCCGCCGUGCGCGUGGGCGGCACCGCCUGCACGUGACGGCCCGCGCACAGUGCUGACGAUGCUGACGAUGGCUGAUGAUGAUGGUGGCGGUGACGAAGAUGGCUCUGCUGUGCCGUCGUGGAGAUUUUGGAACUCGGCUAAUAAGUGGGGGUGGGGGGGAGGGUUUCGUGUAAUGCUUGUGGAAGGGGGUGGGGGCGCGGCACCACCCCAUCCGGCUCAUGACUGCUGGCGAUAGCGAUGAUGACUCUGCGAUUUUCCCAAUCGUCGUCGGCCUUCGUCAGUGCACGGCUGCGCGAGGGCCUGUCCAGGUCAUCGCCACCUCUCGCGAUCGUGUCGAUUUAACGAUUCGCCCGGGAAACUGCGCGCGACAGCUAAUUUCGUCGCUCCGUCCCCUGGGUGGACGUUCUCUCUCGGUUACGUUCCAUUCCUUGGCCCGCCACUCCAUCGUUGGUCUUGACCGCUGCCACCAUCCCUUCUGGGUCAUGACGUGUCCUGCCCGAGCGUUUGAAUGACCUUCAUUUACCGGCGUCUGCUCUCCGAUCCCCUUCCUUUCCUUUGUGCACUUUUCAGUGUUUUGUUCCGUUUUGUCAAUGACCUACGUUGUUGACACUUGUAGCGCGGAUCUCCUUUGAGACGGAUGAAACUGUGACGUCGGAGGCCUGCUGUCAGUUCCGUGACUGCUGCGGGGAAAUGGCGUUGGCGAAGUCGAACAACGUUGCACCUCGAUGUUCCGUUUCACUUGUUAACUGGAGCACGUACCCAGUCACGGUCGGAGCUGCGAACUGAAUUAUGGUGGAAGGGUUCGGUAUCGGGGAGGUACUUGCAGAGGGACACUGCCAUUCGUUUUAUGGGGGGCAUUGACCCCAUCCCCCCGCCGCCGCCCCCCCCCCCCUGCCAAGGCCUCUCAAAGAAUCACCACUGGGUGGCGGUGGAGCUGUAUCCUAGCUGUGGCUGAGAUCUUGACAACCACAGUAGUGAUGCAGAAUGCUAAUGGGCCCACCUUGGUUGGGUGCCACGGUGGCGAGCUGUCAACGCCCUCGCCCGGUAUACAGGAGGUCGUGGGUUCGAUCGCGUCCCUGAUGCCUGCUGUUUAUUUGGAGUUUGCGUGUUGUUCCCGUGGUCGUGUGGAUUUUUCUCCGGGUCCUGUUUUUCCCUCCACAUUUAGAAUCGACAUGCUUUUAAGAGUAUUUGGCUGCUGUAAAUUUCCACGUGAUGAGCCGCUUUGUUGCGCUAUCAUUAGUGGCCAGUUCACUUUUGAACAAGAGCUAUUUAGCUCAGUGGGCCUUACCUGCUAAAAUAAAAAAUAGUUACAAAAAUGGUGUAUAGUUUGCCGUGUUGCUGGGACGGGGGAUUCAUAAUCGCCGUGCCUUGGCCACUCGGCCAGCACCGCUGAAAUGCUGCUUUGGAAAUCUGCGUUUCAGCCGCCCACGAUUAAACCGGGUGAUCGAGUGCAGCGGCUCGAUGGCCUUGGCCAAAGUCGACAAUGCACAGGAAACAAGCAAGUUUAACUUUGGUUCCGCACUUAAUUUGACGAUGUUCUAGCUCUUUGAGGAUUAAAAUGUUGGGUUUACUCGCCCAAGGAACGUUACUUUCGUGUGGCGGAACGAGGUGGGAAAGUGCUGCCCCCUCUCCCCACCACCACCACCCCUAUCGUGCGAAAUGUAAUUUCGGAGAAUGACCGUCGGUCUUAAUUGACGUGCGGUGUGAGUGACGUGUGACGUGCGCACUUCGCAGGGCGUGUAAACACCCGCGCCCCUGGUGUGGCCAAAGAUGUUUUGUUGACGGAGCUACUUGGGUUCUAGUUCUGUGAUGUCACCUUCGCCGGGUUUGUUCUGUGACAUGGAGUGAUGCACUUGCCACCGCGUGAGUGUUCCGAAGCGGUAAUGUAUUCCGUCUCGGCACAAUUUUAAAUGUAAUUGUAAUUAAAUGACACCUUGAACACACAA